AUGGCAGUGAAACGGCCCAGGCGCCUGGCGCGCAUUCCGCCGGAGAAUCUCAGCUCGAAUACCAGCCGAGCCUGGCCAGCCGGCGCCAAGCUCUCACCCAGAUUUUUAGCCUCAGCCCAGCCAAGCCCGGAGACCAAAACCAAACUUCCUAGAUCAAUUGCUUCGCCAAGCGCUGAGACCUUACCGAGCUCCGAGGCCCUACAACCCUACUCCAUCCAUGCCCAAGCGGGCUGGGGGGCAUAUCCAGUACAAGCUUGCGAGAGCCUCUCUACCCACACACAGAUCGAUCACCGCAAGGAUGGGCCCAUCUUAGCUUGUUUCGGGUACGAGCUUGCGAAGGUUCCACGCGACGGGAUCCACCGGCCGUGGUUCCUCCCGCUCAAAGCAGCCUGA